AUGGCCGCGGACGCAUCGCCGGACCAGCGACUCCCGCUGAAGGGAGCACAAACAGCGAGGACAACUGGAGAACUCCGGCAGCCGUGGAUGUCCUGUCGAGAGGUGGUGCAGCUGGUUGGUCUUGCGUUACUAUUUUGUUUCCUUCUUUUGCUUGGGGGUCUUCUCUUGGCCGCAACCGUGCCGACCGAGCCCGAGUACUCGAUCGCCAUCACCGGCGCUGAAGGGCUGGACCCAGCGCGGGACCUCAGGAGCUUCGACCGGCGGCCGAGGCUCUCGCCCGUGUUCAACCUCACCGUCCACAUCGAGUUGCUCGACGACAGCUACUAUCGAGCGUGCAUCGGUGGCCACCAGGCGAAGAUUGCCGUGUCCUACGGCGGCGCGCUACUGGCGGAAGCAGAAGGGCCCCUGCUGCCGGAGCUAUACGUCGGACCUCGUCAAGGGCGCGGAGCCAACAUCACGGCGCGUGGCGUCGACGUGGCGGUGCCACGGUUCGUGCGCGACCGCCUCGCGGCAGAGCUGGAGCGGAGCGACGCGGCAUUUGACGUUGUGGUGAUGGCACCGCGGUAUGACCGUCAGGUGCUUGCCUGCAAGGCCAUGAUCGGAGCGGGUCUACGCGCCUGCGAUUUUCAGUACUACUACUAG